AUGGAAGCGAAACAAAUUUCUUCUACCAUGGUGCCCCAAGCUGGGUCAAGUAACACGUCGCUCGACGGAAGCUCACAUAUUGUCCUGCAACCAAGGCCUAGUAACGAUCCAAACGACCCUCUCAACUGGCCACGAUGGAGAAAGUACCUGAAUUUCAUAUUGAUUUCCUAUUACACCUUGAUGGUGUUUUCACUAAUCGACAUCGCAACCGUGACCUGGGCGCCAGUGAAUGCCGAGCUUGGUUUUAGCUACGCCAUACUAAAUGACGCUUUUGCUGCCGGAAACGGGGCGUUGUGUAUCGGCGGAUUUAUACUCGUUCCGUUUGCGCUGAAGUUCGGACGACGACCAGUUUAUAUCUUCAGCACUGCAGUUCAAUGUGGAAUGAGUAUAUGGUACGCCAGGAUGCGGACUGUGGCGGAGCUCAUGUUGAUUAAUCUGUUAAGUUGCACGGUCGGUGCAUUAGCAGAAGUGAUGGUUCAGAUGACAGUGGCUGAUAUGUUUUACUUUCAUGAGCGAGGACUCGUGAAUUCUAUCUAUUACUGGUUCAUGAUCACCGGAGCUACUCUAUCACCGUUACCCGGCGGUUUCAUCACUUCGAGCCAAGGCUGGCGCUGGGUGUGGUGGUGGCUGGCUAUAUUGCUUGGAGUAGGCCUUGUUGUGUUUAUCUUCUGCUACGAAGAGACAAUGUUUACCCGUCCGACAACUGAAACUGAACAAAUUUCUAGCCAGCCGGAAGAUAAAGAGGCAGUCAACAACAACGACCCAGAGGCACUAAACGGCGCUCCUCAAAUCGGAGAGGUCGUAAUUGAUUAUUCAAUUCCCCAAAAGUCUUAUUGGCAAAAGUUGGCACUGUGGUCGAACUCAUCAAUGCCACUGAGUCAACUUUUCAAGCACACUUACCAGCCUUUCUUGGUCAUAUUCACCAUACCGGCUGUCUUUUUCAUGUCACUUCAAUACGGAGUCUUGAUCUCCUGCAUUGUUCUUCCAGUCACCUCUCUAUCGUCAUACAUGACACUUCCCCCAUAUGACUUCAAUCCUACUGAAAUUGGAUUGAUGGGCCUUCCACCUUUCAUUGGUGCUACUUUAGGGACUUUGAUUGGUGGCUUCUUGAGUGAUUAUGUUUCUCUUUACCUCGCCAAAAGAAAUGGCGGUGUCUUCGAGCCUGAGAUGCGUCUUUGGGUUUCUGUCGCCUUCGCACCUUUUGUCCCAGCAGGUGUCUUUAUUUUUGGAAUCGGUUUGAACAACGGCGCUAACUGGCUUGUACCGGCCUUUGGGCUUGGAAUCAUUUGUUUCGGGGUUCUCCCAACUAGCAGCGCUGCACUUACAUACCUGACCGAUGCAUACACAGACAUCAUUGCCGACUCAAUUAUGGGUGUGACUUUUGUCCGUAACGCCAUCUUGACAAUGUUUAUUUUUGUUCUUCAGCCCUGGACUGAUAGUGUUGGAUUGACAUGGGUCUAUGUGACAUUUGGCCUCAUAACGACUGUUGUACUCGGUGGUAACAUUGUGUUUAUCUACUUUGGGAAGAAAUUCAGGAUCAAGACUGCUGCCAGGUACGCAGGUUUUAGUGAUCGAAAGACAGAGCAGACAGAGGAAUAG